AGUACUUAAGUUUUGAGAACGAAAGCUCCAUAAGGGCAGAGAUUUUGUGUCUCCGCGCCCUCAACCGCGGAGUCCCCAGCACCGAAAAUAGUGCCUGGCACGUAAUGACUUGAGAUUGAGAAGCAAAAGCACCUGGUCAGCAGCAUACUAACGAGUAAAUGACCCUAUUAAUUUGGAGACGCCAAGUGGCCGGAAACUAAAAAUGAAUUUCAUGAGAAGACAUAAAUCUAAGGAGGAGAAACAAACUGCAUCACUUCAAGAUGGGGAAGAGCUAGAAACCACCUUAGUUGUUCUAUUCCUUCAUCCCAGUCUCAUGAGCCAGUGGAGUGAAGAGAUACCAUGGAGCAUAGAUACAGGUCUCCAUCAGGCAGUUUGGAGCAUGUGAACAUACUCUGAGCCUUGAUGAGUUCCAGUAUGUGGUAUAUUAUGCAGAGCAUUCAGAGCAAAUACUCUCUCUCAGAGCGCUUAAUCCGAACAAUCGCUGCCAUUCGUUCCUUCCCACAUGAUAAUGUAGAGGACCUCAUCAGAGGGGGAGCAGAUGUGAACUGUACCCAUGGCACACUGAAGCCACUGCACUGCGCCUGCAUGGUGUCAGAUGCUGACUGUGUGGAGUUACUCCUGGAAAAAGGAGCUGAGGUGAAUGCCCUGGAUGGUUACAACCGAACAGCCCUCCACUAUGCAGCUGAGAAAGACGAGGCUUGUGUGGAGGUCCUCUUGGAGUAUGGCGCAAACCCCAACGCACUGGAUGGCAACCGAGAUACCCCACUUCACUGGGCAGCCUUUAAGAACAAUGCUGAGUGUGUGCGGGCCCUCCUGGAGAGUGGGGCUUCUGUCAAUGCCCUGGAUUAUAACAACGAUACCCCGCUCAGCUGGGCUGCCAUGAAGGGAAAUCUGGAGAGCGUCAGCAUCCUUCUUGAUUACGGAGCGGAAGUCAGAGUCAUCAACCUAAAAGGCCAGACGCCCAUCUCCCGCCUGGUGGCUCUAUUAGUCAGGGGACUUGGAACAGAGAAAGAAGACUCUUGCUUUGAGCUUCUCCACAGAGCUGUUGGACACUUUGAAUUAAGGAAGAAUGGCACCAUGCCACGGGAGGUGGCCAGAGACCAGCAGCUGUGUGAAAAACUGACUGUUCUGUGCUCAGCCCCGGGAACUCUAAAAACACUGUCUCGCUAUGCUGUGCGCCGGAGUUUGGGCCUCCAGUAUCUGCCAGAUGCAGUGAAGGGCCUUCCACUGCCAGCCUCUCUGAAGGAAUACCUCUUACUUGUGGAAUAGGCUGGAGAAGUUGUUUGCACCAUCAGGCAGGCAACUCUGGGUGAGAUUUUUCCCUGUGGUACUGUCUCUUUGUCUUGGAAAACAGGAAAAGCAGUUGUUCCUGUUGUGUGGUUUAUAUUUAGAGGCAACAUGUCACAACAGUCACCUCCACACCACCUCCCCUCUCCAAACCAAGCAACCAAACAAACAAACAAACAAAAAAUCCCUCACUUUUGUUUUCUCUUUAUUGCUUACUUGGCUUUUUAUAUUGCACCCUGCAAGCGAAGAGGUCUCCCCCUACCCCCCUCCCCCCUUUAGGGAAAAAGUCAACAAUGCAACUGAAUUCUCUAGGAAGAUGAAGAGUAUUUAAAGAGUGUGUGUUUAGUUUUCCUUUGGGAACAUGAUUAACAUUUCAGAAGAAUCCCUCUAGAAACAUUUUAACUGGUCAGUGAAGAAGUCUAAGAAAAGUCCAGCUAACAAAUGUGGCCCAAAGGUGAAGAUACUAAAAGCUCAAAUGGUGUGCAGAUUCACAGUUGGGCUGGAUGAUAUUCCUAGAGUGCCACGUCAUGGAGCAUUCAGAAGGGACUGGCCCCCUCUCUCACCAUCAAAGGAAACAGCGGUCUUGGCCUCUUUUCCAUGGGUGUGCCUGAGGGUUCCAGUAGUUCAGCAGUGUUAUUUCAGAACUAACAUUUUCUUACUGCUUUCCACAUAGAAGAGGUAGCAGGUUCUGAGCAGUCCUAAGAACUUUUCUAACGCAGUUCUUUCUCUUGGUGAACGCCAGUUUGCUCCAAUGGGCUUAUUAGCAGGUGCUCUUGCACCUUAGAUGAAGGUGUUUACUCUAGCAGGGAAGGAGAUGGGCUGGGCUGCCUUUUCCCAUGGGUCGUCUUCAUUUCCCUUUAGGGAAUUCACGCUACUGAGGGUUCAGAAUUAUUUUCCUUUCAGUUGUUUUGGCAACUUUGCUUUUUACGGAUCUAUACAAGACAUUGGGGGAGGCCAGCGAGUGGGGGAAGAGCAUUAUAAGAGCUGCUUUCAAGCUGGCCCACCUACUCAAAAAGGAACUGUUUUAGUGAACCAUACUUAGUCAACGAUACUCUUCCUUUUCAUGUUCCUAAACUAGAUCAAGUAGUUAUUAUCUUGGAUGACCCGAUGCAAAUUUGAAAAACUUUUUUUAAGUUGAUCGGGAACUACAAAUAAAAAUGACUGCAAUCUGCUGACACA